AAACAGCAAAAGCAGAGCUGCAUCAUGGGAGUUGUAGUCUACAACAUCUCGUCCACCUCUGCGAAAGUGACCUGGCCCAGGUCCCCUUACUGCCUGGACACUUUCUACAGUGUGAUGUAUGACCCCAACUGGAACAGCCUUCUGAUGGGCUACAAGCGGAAGAGCUUCAUGCAUGAGGAGCGCAUCCCCGUGAGCCAGACCACCACACAUCUCGCCAACCUGCACCCACAGACCGCCUACUUCCUGUGUGUCACCUGUCAGGCAGCUAAUCCGGUUCGAGAACAAUGUCAGGUUUUCAACACUUUGGGUGAGAGCGGUGACACCAGCGACCGGACAGGAUGGGAGCUGGCGAUGGGAGUGUGGCUGACUUGCUGCAUCUUACUCCUGAUCAUCGCUGGGGUCCUCUUAUGGGGCUGCCUCCACACUCUCUGCUCCUCUUUGCUCCCCAACCAAACCAACACGGAUAAUGGGAGAGUUGUGGACCAAAACCACCAAGAUAACUCUGGCUCAGGACGCCUGUACACCCCCAGCAGCAGCGAGGACAGCACCAACAACAACCACGGGACCGUCAGCCAAACUCCUCUGAUACUGCCACAAACUAAUAAUAGUAGUGCCCUCAUGCUAAACCAGGACCAUGAGUUGAGGAGUCUUUCUAAGCUGUCUGGGAGCGAGUCAGCGUGAGCAGAAUGGAUUGAGGUCAUUACAGCAUUGUUCUAGCCCGGCAAUUGACAGUAUUUUUCAUCCGCUGAUUAAAUCCCUUUUCAU